AUGAGUGACAUGGAAGGUCUUCAAAUAGAGCAGCUUACGCUGUGGCCGUGGACAAUAAUUUUUCUAUCGAAGAAUAAUCGGAGAUUGCAUCAAAUGCGGAAAGGAACUUUUAGCUCAAAAUGUCGGUCGAAGUGCUAUUUGAGCGUGCCAGAGGUAAAAGGCUUCAGCCCAGAUGAAAAAGACGAGAGUAAUGUAUCGGUUCCCGCAAAUCUUAUAUUUGUGGAUUUGCAAACUGUAACUCGACCGACGAAUAUAUCGCAAUUUCUGUCGAGUUCCAAUAGGCCGUUCUACGCUUACUAG